UGGAAACCAAGGACCCCGAGUAUGAAGGAAGAAUGGAGAGCCCAAGGACCCCAAAUAUGGAGGAAGAAUGGAGAGGCCCAAGGACCCCGAGUAUGGAGGAAGAAUGGAGAGGCCCGAGGACCCCGAGUAUGGAGGAAGAAUGGAUGGAGAGGACCCCGAGUAUGGAGGAAGAAUGGAGAGGCCCGAGGGCCCCGAGUAUGGAGGAAGAAUGGAGAGGCCCGAGGACCCCGAGUAUGGAGGAAGAAUGGAGAGGGCCCGAGGGCCCCGAGUAUGGAGGAAGAAUGGAGAGGCCCGAGGGCCCCGAGUAUGGAGGAAGAAUGGAGAGGCCCCGAGGGCCCCGAGUAUGGAGGAAGAAUG